UCAGCAAAACAACACCGAGGGGGAGUGAACUUAUGGACAGCAGUCAUAUUUUGAAGAAACAUAAUAUUUUCACCUAAUUGUGCGCGGGCACAGUUCAGCCGAAAGCUGUCUGGUGUCCUCCCAGCAAUUCGGUAGAUGUCCACCCCUUCAGACACAUCAGGUGGUAUGUCCCAUCCUGGACCUUCUCCCGGGGCAGGUCUAUCCCCGGGGCCAAUCUUGGGCCCCAGUCCUGGACCGGACCCUUCACCAGGUUCUGUUCACAGUAUGAUGGGACCCAGUCCUGGACCUGGAACACCCAAUGCACCUCAUGGCAUGCAGGGCCAGGGACAAAGUGAUUACUCUCAGGACAGCAUGUAUCCUAUGCACAAGACCAUGGAGGGGAUGAAUGACAAGACCAUGGCAGAUGCGAUGCACUUUGGGCACAUGAAAGGUGUGGGGAUGCGAUCUCUGCAUAGUGGUAUGGGGCCUCCACAGAGUCCUAUGGAUCAGCACAACCAAGGCUACAUAUCCCCGCAUCCAUCCCCCAUGGGUGUCCAUGAGCAUGCCUCUAGUCCCAUGUCGGGAGGUGGUGGGGGACCCACACCACCCCACAUGCCUCCCUCCCAGUCAGGUCCAAUGAUGCCCAUGGAUCCACAGGGAGCCAUGUCCAACAUGGGCCAGCAGGGGCGUGGACCUUCUGCUUUCAGUGCAGUCCAGCUGCAGCAGCUCAGAGCUCAAAUCCUGGCCUACAAGAUCUUGAGCCGAGGGCAACCCCUGCCUGAAAACCUCCAACUGGCUGUUCAGGGCAAGAGGAGCCUACCCACAAUGCAACAGCAGCAGCAGCAGCAACAACAGCAGCAGCCACAGCAGCAGGCACCUAGCGCUAGUCCUUACAACAGGCCUGCAGGUAUGCCAAUGGCACCUAUGGGUGGUCCCCAGUCAAGUCCCUGCCCUACCCCAGCAAUGCAAGGACACAGUCAAAGCGCAGGACCCAAGCCUUGGUCUGAUGGUCAGGGUGGUGAAAAUCAAGCCAACACCCAAAAGCACCUCACUCCUGCUGCCAGUGGACGCCCAUCCCCUGCUCCACCUCAGGCUUCUGCCGUGCCAGCUGGGCCAAUGCCGGGCAGCACAGUGGCCCCUCAGCCUCCCGGGCAGCAGGUGUCCCCCAUGCUCCAGAUGCAGCAGAAACAGAACCGCAUCACGCCAAUCCAGAAGCCCCAGGGCUUGGACCCAGUGGGGAUCCUGCAAGAGAGAGAGUACAGGUUGCAGGCUCGGAUUGCACAUCGAAUCCAGGAACUGGAAAGUUUGCCUGGCUCUCUGCCCCCUGACCUGAGAACUAAAGCCACAGUGGAGCUGAAGGCAUUACGUCUCUUAAACUUUCAACGGCAGCUGAGGCAGGACGUAGUAGCAUGUAUGAGGCGAGACACAACCCUGGAGACAGCCCUCAACUCGAAGGCUUACAGACGCAGCAAGCGGCAGACGCUGAGGGAGGCACGCAUGACUGAGAAGCUGGAGAAACAGCAGAAGUUGGAGCAGGAGAAGAAACGCAGACAGAAACAUCAGGAAUAUCUCAACAGUAUCCUUCAGCAUGCUAAGGACUUUAAAGAGUAUCACCGCUCCGUGUCCGGCAAAAUCCAGAAACUCACCAGAUCUGUCGCCAACUGGCACACCAACACAGAGCGGGAGCAAAAGAAGGAGACUGAAAGAAUCGAGAAGGAGAGAAUGAGGAGACUUAUGGCAGAAGAUGAAGAAGGCUACCGAAAACUAAUUGACCAAAAGAAAGACAAGCGGCUGGCCUACUUGCUGCAGCAGACAGAUGAAUACGUGGCCAACCUCACCACCCUGGUGUACGAACACAAAGCUGCCCAAGCUGCCAAGGAGAAGAAGAGGAGGAAGAAGAGAAAGAAGAAGGUGGAUGGAGAUGGCGAAGGCACCAGUGCCAUCGGACCUGAUGGAGAGCCCAUGGAUGAGAGCAGCCAAAUGAGUGAGCUGCCAGUCAAAGUGAUUCAGACAGAGACUGGGAAAGUUUUGCAAGGAACAGAUGCUCCCAAAUCCAGCCAGCUGGAGGCCUGGCUCGAGAUGAACCCCGGAUAUGAAGUUGCCCCACGGUCAGACAGUGAGGAGAGCGGCUCAGAGUUUGAGGAAGAGGAGGAAGAGGAUAUGGCCAAGGCAGAAACAGAGGAGAAGAUAAUCGAUCCCAAUGGGGACUUGGUGUUUGUGAAGGCUGCCAAGCACAUCAUCGAGUCGGCCAAGCAGGAUGUGGAUGAUGAAUACAGUGUUCCUACUGGACAAACCAGCUCCCAGUCUUAUUAUGGUGUGGCCCAUGCUGUCAUCGAGAGGGUGGAGAAGCAGUCGUCGCUGCUGAUCAACGGCACACUGAAACAUUAUCAGAUCCAGGGCCUGGAGUGGAUGGUGUCGCUGUACAACAACAAUCUGAACGGCAUCCUGGCUGAUGAAAUGGGCCUUGGCAAAACCAUCCAAACCAUCGCCCUUAUCACCUAUCUGAUGGAGCUGAAGAGGCUCAAUGGUCCCUUUCUCAUCAUUGUUCCUCUCUCGACCUUGUCAAACUGGGUCUAUGAACUUGACAAGUGGGCACCCUCUGUGGUAAAAAUUGCUUACAAGGGCACGCCUGCUUUGCGCCGUGGGUUUGUGCCUCAACUCCGCAGUGGCAAGUUCAAUGUCUUGCUGACCACCUAUGAAUACAUCAUCAAGGACAAGCAAAUACUGGCCAAGAUUCGUUGGAAGUAUAUGAUUGUGGACGAGGGUCACCGCAUGAAGAACCACCACUGUAAGCUGACCCAGGUGUUGAACACCCACUAUGUGGCCCCCCGUCGCCUCCUCCUCACUGGUACGCCACUGCAGAACAAGCUGCCUGAGCUGUGGGCUCUGCUUAACUUCCUCUUGCCCACCAUCUUCAAGAGCUGCAGCACCUUCGAGCAGUGGUUCAACGCCCCGUUCGCUAUGACAGGAGAGAGGGUUGAUCUAAAUGAGGAGGAAACCAUCCUGAUCAUUCGGCGUUUGCAUAAGGUGCUCCGCCCCUUCCUGCUACGCAGACUGAAGAAAGAGGUGGAGUCUCAGCUGCCAGAGAAGGUGGAGUAUGUCAUAAAAUGUGACAUGUCUGCUAUACAGAAGGUUCUGUACCGCCACAUGCAGAAAGGCAUCCUCCUCACUGACGGAUCAGAGAAAGACAAGAAGGGCAAAGGAGGAGCAAAGGCCCUGAUGAACACCAUCAUGCAGCUGAAGAAGAUCUGCAACCAUCCAUACAUGUUCCAGCACAUUGAGGAAUCGUUUGCUGAGCACUUGGGCUAUCCAAAUGGCAUCAUCAGCGGGCAUGAUCUGUAUAGAGCUUCUGGGAAGUUUGAGCUUCUCGACCGCAUCCUGCCAAAGCUACAGGCCACCAACCACAGAGUCCUCCUGUUCUGCCAAAUGACGUCACUCAUGACAAUCAUGGAGGACUACUUCAGCUUCCGCAACUUUCAGUAUCUACGUCUUGACGGAACCACCAAGUCUGAAGACCGAGCAACACUGCUGAAGAAAUUUAAUGAGGAAGGAUCUCAGUACUUCAUCUUCCUGCUGAGUACCAGAGCUGGUGGCCUCGGCCUCAACCUGCAGGCUGCAGACACUGUUGUUAUCUUUGACAGUGACUGGAACCCACACCAGGACCUUCAGGCUCAGGACCGCGCUCACCGCAUCGGUCAGCAGAACGAGGUGCGUGUGCUUCGUCUCUGCACGGUGAACAGCGUUGAGGAAAAAAUCCUGGCAGCUGCCAAAUACAAACUCAACGUGGAUCAGAAGGUGAUCCAGGCAGGCAUGUUCGAUCAGAAGUCCUCGAGCCACGAGCGGCGCGCCUUCCUCCAGGCCAUUUUAGAGCACGAAGAGCAGAAUGAGGAAGAAGAUGAAGUACCAGAUGAUGAAACUCUUAACCAGAUGAUAGCCCGCAAUGAAGAUGAAUUUGAGCUCUUCAUGCGUAUGGACAUGGACCGACGACGGGAGCACGCCAGGAACCCAAAGCGUAAGCCUCGUCUAAUGGAGGAGGACGAGUUGCCCUCUUGGAUCAUGAAAGAUGAUGCUGAGGUAGAGCGCCUCACGUAUGAAGAGGAGGAGGAGAAGAUGUUCGGCCGAGGGUCACGCUGUCGUCGGGAUGUGGACUACAGUGACGCGCUGACUGAAAAACAGUGGCUACGGGCCAUCGAGGAUGGAAACCUGGAAGAGAUGGAGGAGGAGAUCCGACUCAAAAAGCGCAAACGCAAGAGACGUCAGGACAAGGACUCAUCGAGCCGCGAUGACGGUUGCUCUAAGGCUAAGAAGAGACGUGGGCGUCCACCCGCUGAGAAACUCUCCCCGAACCCCCCCAAGCUCACCAAGCAAAUGAACACCAUCAUUGAUACAGUCAUCAACUACCGAGAUGGGUCAGGAAGACAACUAAGCGAAGUCUUUGUCCAGUUACCAUCCAGGAAAGAGCUCCCAGAAUAUUAUGAGCUAAUCAGAAAACCUGUGGACUUCAAAAAGAUCAAGGAUCGUGUGAGAAACCAUAAAUACAGAAGUGUGGGAGACCUGGAGAAGGAUGUGAUGCUGCUUUGUCACAAUGCCCAGACCUUCAACCUGGAGGGAUCCCAGAUAUACGAGGACUCCAUUGUCCUUCAGUCUGUGUUUAAGAGUGCCAGGCAGAAGAUUGCCAAGGACGAAGAGAGUGAAGACGACAGCGAUGAGGAUGAUGACGACGAGGAUGAGUCAGAGACAGAGGCCAAGUCCGUGCGGGUUAAGAUCAAGCUGGGUAAGGAGGCUCGCAGCCAUGACAAAGGCAAGAAGAGGCAAAGCCGGGCAAAGGCCAAGCCAGUGGUCAGCGACGAUGACAGCGACGAAGACCAGGAUGACAAUGAUCAGUCAGACAAGAGCAAGAGCGACGAUGACUGAGGACGUGAUAUUGUUUAUAGCACUUAGAAACAAAAGUACAAUAUCUUUCAUGACUGUCCUUCAGGUUCAUAUUCUGAUUUUUUUGUUUUCAUUUUAUUUUACUUAAUUGUCUGACGUCUGUUUCUCGUCCCUUAUCCCACCAGCUUGGAAAUGUAUUACUAAUAAUCAAUAAGCUACAGCAAACCCCAAUCUGCUUAUAUUCCUGUUUUUAAGACAAUUUUGUAGUAUAUUUUUUAACUCUGUGCUUUAAGAUUUAAAAUCUGUAUGAAAAAAGGACAAAAAAAGGUCAUGCUAUACAUGCUUUUGCUUUAUUUGUACUUGCUUGCUUGCACAUAAAAUAUUAAUAUCCAGUUUGCCUAAAAUAUAUAUAUAUAUAUAUAUAUACACACACACACAUACACAGUACCAAAAGUUUGGUACCCUCUCAGCCAACAAGCUCAAUUUUUCUUUAUUGUUGUUAUUUUCUACAUUGUAGAUUUUAAUACUGAAGACAUCAAAACAGUAAAAACACAUAUGUGAUUAUGUAGUACGCAAAUAAAACUGUAAACAAAGCACAAUAUAUUUGACAUUUUAGAUUCUGCUUUGAAGACAGCUUUGUACACUGUUGGCAGUCUCUCAGGCAGCUUCACGAGGUCGUCCCCUGGAAUGGUCUUGGAGGAGUUCUUAUUUAUGCUGAGACAAAUGACGGUCCCACUGAGCUCAAACCAGAUGGGAUGGCGUGCCACAGCAGAAUGCUGUGGUAGCCAUGCUGGUUAAGUGCACCUUGAAUUUUUAAUAAAUGGCCAACAGAAUCACCAGCAAAACACUCCCACACCAUCACACCUCCUCCUCCAUGCUUCACCGCGGGAACCACACAUGCAGAUACCAUCCAUUCAACUUCUCUGUGUCGUAGAAAGACACAGCGGUUGGAGUCUGCUGCAGCUGCAGUCAGUUAUACAUUGAUACAUGCUUUAAGACCUUCAUGACUGACAGUCGUUUCUCUUUACUUGCCAUAAUAUGGAUUUCUACAGCAAUGCGAUUAUUUGCUGUAUACCAACACAAGUGGUGGGCUGAAUGCAUUAAGAAGGCAAGAAAUUGCACUAAUUCACUUUUGACAAGUCAAACCUGUUGAAAAACAUUUCUGGUGACGACCUCAUGAAGCUGGUUGGCAAGCAGCUGCUAUUCUGAAGAAUCUUAUAUAUAAAAUAUAUUAUUAUGUUUUCGCAACAACAUAAUUCCACGUGUUUUUUCAUAGUUUUCUUCAGUAUUGAUGUCAAAUGUGGAAAAUAAUUGAAAAAAAUGAUCAAAAAUAAAUUGUGAGCCAGUGGUGAUUACAAAAGAAGAAAAAAACCUUAAAGUUUUUAAACUUUUAGGAGAUUCAUUGUUUCACCUUGUGCAGUGCCAAAUGUUGUGUUGAGAAACUGAUUGUCUGCUAAACCCCUCCCCCUACCAGCAAUUGUCCAAUCAUAGCUUAGCAACCGUAACCAGGCACGGUAGGCCUGUCGAGCUUUAGAUUUCUGCACUUGUUGAAGUGGUGUGUGGUGGUGUCUUUUUUCCUUUCCAAAGCCAAAAGGAAAAGGGCAAGUUUUAUGGCUGCCGUAUGGAUUUGUCAGAAUAAUGAGACAGGCAAUAUACGUAUUUCUGUUUGAAUCAAGCGCUUAUUGCCUGUAUUUUUAUAAAAUUCGCUUUAAAAACGUAAAUAUACAAAGGACACAGUGAAAUGGCUAAACACACAGUCAGCAAAUGUAAAAGUCUUUGUCUUGCUCAUAGAUCAGUUAUAACUUUUAAAAAAUGCCGAAUAAUUGUAACAGUAAAUCUCCCACUCUUAUCAUUGUGAAAAUGGAAGGCUUGACACACAUCACUACAGUCGCUACGACGUGAGGGGCUUAGCAAACAGCCACUUAUGAGACAACACGACAAACUGUCAAUUGUUAACUUAAAAAUGAAUUUGAGAUGGCAAUGAACGCUGAAUGCUUUUCUGAACUGCUUUUAUGAAAUGUAACCUUGCUUUACGUAGGCGGCACACCACUUAGGAAAGUCCAUGUGUUUCCAUGUACCCUUUCUCCUAAUGCUUUCACGUUGUUGUGUAUCAGAGCAGAAGCUUUGGACACUGUUAAUCAUUUUCUCACUCAGAAAGGAGUGUCAAGGUUAUUUUAACAGAGGAACUGGCCUUCAGAGCAGUAUUUGAUUUCAGGCAGCAGAUUAUUGGGGAAACGCCAUGUCUUGUAGAGUAAAACCAGCAUCUAUUGUAGCAGGAAAUGUAGCUUUUUAAAGCAUCUGAAAGCAUGUUGCACCAUGCGCUUCUUAACAGAAUGUAAAGAACCAAGUCUUGGCUGGAUUUGUGCAGACUAUAAAGACUGUAGACAAUAAGCAAUAUUACAAAAAACAGUAUUAUGGGAUUGAAAAUUAGAUUUCAACUAUUUUGAACAAUGUAUUGAUUUCUACAUUUGGAAUGAAGUGUUUGUGUUCCCUUUAUUAGUUUGAGCCCUCAUUCUAUCGGUUUAUAUGUUGUUUGUAGCAUGGACUCUUUUGGCAAUAUACUGUGUACAUGCAGAUAUAUCAUUUUUGUUUGUGUAAUAUGUGCUUGCCAACUCUCCAUAAGUGUGACUUAAUCUUUGCUUUCUUUGCACAGUGUCUUUGUGGUUGUAUCUAUAGCCCAGGGCAAAUAAAAUCUCACCGAUUUUCAG